AUGACCGGUAUCGAGUCUAGUGCAAACUACGACAAUGCCUUUAUGGUCGUGCCGAUGGAGAACCCUGGUCCACCCAAUUACGAGAAGCCUAAGACAUCAACUGAAGAAGAUACCCCUAAAAAGAAGGAGACUAUCGGCUCCAUUGUGACCGACUUUGGAAACGAAACAACCGCACAUGGAGUGAGUAGGAUUACCAAUGCCAGCAACUGCCUUGUCGGUCUUUUUUGGUUGAUCGUUCUGCUCGGUGCGUUUGCGCUCUUCUCUUACCAGGGGACAUAUCUGGUCCUUGAUUACUUGGGCAAUCCAUACGGUACCACAAUUGAUGUUAUCACAAAGACCAACGUAGGUUUCCCUGCCGUUACGGUGUGUAAUAUGAAUAGGCUGAGGCGGUCUAAGCUUGUUGGUACCCGGUUUGAAGGAGUUAUUGCCAUCGAUGGUGGAAUCAGUGGAGGAGAUGCCGAUUAUUCUUGGUUUUUUGACUGGUCUUCGCAGGCUAAUUGGCUUGAUGCGUAUCUUUCUUCGGGUGCCGGUGGUGGUGGCGGUGGGAGGAAGAGGAGGGCCGGUGGAAGCAGCUCUAUCGGAGGUGGGGGUGGAAGUUUGGGCGGUGGGGGUGGAAGUUUGGGCGGUGGGGGUGGAAGUUUGGGCGGUGGGGGUGGAAGUUUGGGCGGUGGGGGUGGAGGUUUGGGCGGUGGGGGUGGAAGUUUGGGCGGUGGGGGUGGAAGUUUGGGCGGUGGGGGUGGAAGUUUGGGCGGUGGGGGUGGAAGUUUGGGCGGUGGGGGUGGAAGUUUGGGCGGUGGGGGUGGAAGUUUGGGCGGUGGGGGUGGAAGUUUUGGCGGUGGGGGUGGAAGUUUUGGCGGUGGGGGUGGAAGUUUUGGCGGUGGUGGUGCAAGUUUCGGCGGGGGUGGAUUCGGCACUCCCGGUGGUAGUUUCUCCUUCAUCGAUGAAUGGUUCACCGGUUUCGGCAGCACAGACUUCCAAAACUUCGAGUACGUUGACUACUACGAUUUCGGUGACGUCACGGGCGAGAGUGACUGGAAUGGCUUCCUAGAGAACUCCAAAUCAGAGGAUUACAGUGACAUCAUCAACGUUGCCAACCCAACCAGAGAAGAGCUGGACGUGUUGGGGCAUCAGGCUGAGGACUUAAUUCUGCAGUGUACAUUUGACAAGCGUCCUUGCAACUAUACUGAUUUCCACAAGUUUCAAAACAGUCAGUUCGGAAACUGUUUCACGUACAACCACGGCCGAAAUGAGACGGCAAGGGAAACAAGCAAGUCAGGCUCGCAGUAUGGUCUGCAUCUUACAUUGUUCAUCGAACAGCCGGAAUACGUCGGACUUUUCUCCCCGGAGUCCGGGGUCCGGAUCUCUGUUGACGAUUGGCAGACGACUCCCAAUCCUGAAGAUACGGGUCUCACUGCCUCCACUGGUCAGGCGACCUCAAUUGCUAUCAGAAAGACUUUCAUUGAUCGUCUUGGCGGGAAGUACAGUAAUUGCACCGACGGUAGCGAUACUCUUUUCGAGUCAGACUUCUUCACGUAUUCACCACUGGCUUGUAAGAAGCAAUGUAUGCAGAGGAAUCUUAGGGAGUCAUGCGGCUGCGUCUCAGAUCUGCUACUCGAAGGUGAAAAGUGCAGCUUUCUUAACAGCACACAACAGAGAUGUAGACAGCUCGUGGAGACACUUUAUGAAGAUGACAAGCUUGACUGUUACUGCCCAGUAGCCUGCGAGGAAACUGGUUUCCAGGUUAGCUCGUCCGUGGCUGUGUGGCCGUCUGAACGCUAUGAGGAGCAUUUGUACAGUCGUGUAGCUGAGAAGAACGAAGUGGCGGCAAGAAUUCUGCAAGAUGUGGAGACCACGAGGAAGAACAUGGCCCGUUUGCACAUUUACUUUGAGGAGUUGAAUUACCAAUCGGUGACUGAGGUACCAUCAUGGACGUUUGAGAGCAUCCUUGGUUCUGUUGGUGGCCUGAUGGGACUCUACGUUGGAAUCUCAUCCAUUACACUCUUUGAGAUCAUCCUAUUCGUCCUAACGAUCUUCAAACAUUGCUUGAAGACUGUAAUGUGCUUGAACAAGGUUCACCCGGACCAGAAGUAAUAAAGCGUCAGGAAAUACUAUCGACAUAGUGUAAGGUAGUGCAGAGAAAAUUACUUCAUUUAAAGUCUGACACACAAAGCUUAAAAGCUGAUGGCACAUGGUUUGGUACAAAGGUUGGGGUAGUACGGAUCCUGUAUCAACCUAUAUUGGUUGAUUCUGGAGGAUUGAGGCAGUAGGGAUCCUAUAUAAACUUAUAUUGGUUGAUGAUAUAGAAUUGAAAUGUAUUUUAUAAGACUCAAAGUCAAAUUUGAACACCAUAUUAAAGAGUGAGCACUUAUUUAUACAAUUAAAAACACAAAUCUUCCAGCUUUUUCCAGUCAUGAGUUUACUGCCCGACACUAAAACUACUGGACUCAGGUCGGUGGGCCAGUCUAAUAUUCUAGCCAUGGAAUGGCUGAGGAAAACACAGCAAGACAGUUUGGCAUUUCAUAAUAUUGAUGCAAAAAAAUCAUUCUUUAUUUUGAACAAUAUCAGACAGAUCCUAUGCACAAAGAGUGACGAAUUUCGAGUAUGUAAUUUCACAAGAUGUAUAAUAUAUUUCCAGAAAGCUGCAUGACCCUAUGCCACAUUUUUAUUGAUAUGUUCAUAAUUAGUGCUGUGAGUUUGUUUUUUUUUAAAUAAUUUUGACAGAACGUUCACAAUUAAGAUAAAACUUUAAAAAAAGUGUAAAUAUUGAAUCCAUCCGAAGAACUUGAGACUGUUUCUCUUUAUCAAGACUUGAAAAAUAUUUCAGUUUACAGGAAACUUUUAAGAGACAAAUCGUCAGCUCAGUUCUGUAAGGUCACUUAUUGCAUUUUCGAACACAUUCUUGUCAAAAAGUUGGAAGUGUAAAAUGUUUGACAAAAACAUCAAAACCCACAAGUAAAUGUUUUUCGUAGAAACUGAAUGUUUCUUUUUGCCUACAAUUAUUUUGGAGACCACUCUUGAUCAUUAAACUCCAUUUACAAGGAGCUCCAAAAUAUGCCAAAGAAAGAAGUUAUUAAGACAAUCGUUCAAAAUGCAUUGAAUUAAAACUGACCUUAUUGCCUGAACCAAUGAAAUGUAGUGACGGGUGUAUGGCAUGUGGAUUUUUAUUGCAGUUUUUUUAUUCUGUACAAAAAGAGUGAAGAUUGUUUAUGAAACAUCACAAUAAAGACUUGAAGUUUGCAAAUUUCAAGACAAUCUCUACUCGGCCAAAGGUCUAGCAGCUCAGGAUGGUCGGAGGUCCAGAAAUAUUCUUAAAGAUUGCAUAGUAAUUUCCUCGUAUAUAUUCAUUCUGUCCUGAGCUUUUAGGAAGAGCACAGACCUUAUAAAAAUUCACAUGACGUCAUUUCAGUAGGGCGCCCUCACCUAGAGGUCAAAAGGAGGUUGUUCAUUUGCCAAUCCUGUGCGCCGCGUGUAUAAAUAUGUGCGUUUCGAUUGUUUUGUCACAGUUUUUCCAGUAAGAUGGCUGCUGGAUGAUGUCAAUGCAUAAGGUCUAUUGGACUUGAAAUUUAGGAGUAAGUGUGUUUGUAAAAAGAACAGCAGAUUGUUAGAAGUUAAGAGAUUAAAGAGGGGCUCUAAUUUUUACUUUGAAAGUGUUAUCCUUGUUUAGAACAUCUUGGCUUGUAUGUGAAAAGAACAAGUCUUUGUUAAAGGCAUAGACACACAUCCAUUUAAAAAGGUUAUCUGUUCAUUAGUGAGUGGGGACACAAGGUGGCAGCAGACAGGUAAAUCCAUUGUUCUUGGUAAUGUGAGCUCAGAACAACGUA